UCAGUCUGAUCUCCCUCCUAACUUUUCUUUUUUUUUAAAGUCAACGAAAAAAGAACUACAGGAGGACCAAAAACAACCCUCUCCUCAGUGUGUGCGAACUCUAAGGGAGUCCCAGGAGAAGUUGUGUCUCAUCUACUAUCUGAGUUCGCUCUCAACAUGUUGCUGUGGUCUCUUGUUCUUCAUCUGCUGGGCUUUCUGUCCUUCGUUGGCAACGCGUAUGGAUCGGAAUCUACCGUGCCAAUGCCCAUCACUUGCACGACGCGCGGAGCCGACCUGACAGAGACGCGCCAGAUCGUGCUGUGUCCAGCUGACUGUACACAGUACAAAGCUUCCGUUUUCGGCACGGGAGUCUACGCGUCUGUGUCCAGUGUGUGUGGUGCAGCUACCCACAGAGGAGUUAUCGGGAACUCUGGCGGGUCCCUAAUGGUGCACAAGCUGCAGGGCAGAAGCAACUACCUCGCCUCCUACUCCCACGGAGUGCAUUCUCAGCCGCUCUCCAAGUGGACUGCGUCUUUCAGUGUUACCAAAUGGAUGAGUCCGCCACUGGAGGUCUCCAGUCAGACCAGCACUGCUGCACCUGUGCCACCAGCACCACCAGCACCAGGUCCAGUGAAGAAAGUCCCAAUGGUGAAGAAGCCAACCAAGAAGCCCACCUUACAGGGAAACAGAGACUGCCAGGUGGACAUGGCUGUGCUCCUGGACGGCAGCUCCAACAUCGGGCGGCGGCGCUUCAUCCUGCAGAAGAACUUCAUCAGCAAACUUGCCAUGCUGCUGCGAGUCGGGGAGAAUGGCCCUCACCUGGGAGUGGUCCAGGCCAGUGACAUGCCUCGCACAGAGUUUUUCCUGACUAACUACACUCAACCCAAAGAUGUCCUCUUUGCCAUCAAAGAGAUUGCCUUCAUGGGCGGCAACACCAACACAGGUAAAGCCAUCACUCACACCGUGGAGACAUUCUUCAGCUCGGAGCUGGGUGUGCGUCGUGGGCACCCGCGGGUGAUCGUGGCGCUGGUGGACGGCUGGCCCUCGGACAGUCUGGAGGAGGCGGCCGUGCUGGCGCGCGACUCGGGCAUCAACGUCUUCAUGGUGACCGUGGCCAAGCCCAGCCCCGAGGAGGUCAGCAUGGUCAGCGACCCCGACUACAUGAAGAAGUCUGUGUGCAAGGACAACGGCUUCUUCACCCUGAGCAUGCCCAGCUGGUUCAGCACCACCAAGUUCAUCAAGCCCCUGGGCCAGAAGCUGUGCUCCGUGGACCAGAUGCUGUGCAGCCGCACCUGCUACAACUCGGUCAACCUGGGCUUCCUGAUCGACGGCUCCAGCAGCGUGGGCGAGGGCAACUUCCGCCUCAUGCUGGACUUCAUCGCCUCGGUGGCGGGCACCUUCGAGGUGUCCGACGUGGGCACGCGCGUGGGCGCCGUCCAGUUCACCUACGACCAGCGGCUGGAGUUCGCCUUCGGCCAGUACCCCACCAAGGAGCAGAACCUGCGCGCGCUCCGCGGGAUCCCGUACAUGAGCGGCGGCACGGCCACCGGUGACGCCAUCACCUACGCCAUCAGGAACCUGUUCACCAACAAGAGGCCCGGCGGCCGGGGCAGGAACUUCCUGAUCGUGGUGACCGACGGACAGUCCUACGACGACGUGAGAGGCCCAGCGCGGGCAGCACAUAAGGAAGGCAUCACAGUGUUCUCAGUGGGCAUAGCCUGGGCACCCAUGGACGACCUGCGUGCCAUGGCCACGGAGCCCAAGGACACGCACACCUUCUUCACGCGCGAGUUCAGCGGCCUCGAGCAGUUCCAGCAGCCCCUGGUCAAAGCCAUCUGCAGGGAUUUCACCGAAGCCAACUAGCCCGCUCCACCACCACCACCACACACUUUACUGUAUGAGUACGGAGGGUUCCACAAGAGUGAGGCCUGUGUGUGUGUGAGACACAAACACACACACACACACACACUGUUUGAGUGGGACUCGGGUGGAGGAGAGAAGUAAAGAAAGCGUUUUCACACACGACACCUCCCCAGCCCCUCCACCUGUAGGACACAGGCCUGCAGCAUAGUUUCCUGAGCUUUUUUUAAAAAAAGUUAAUUUCUUUUCCUUUUUUUUUAAACUGAAGGUACAGAAAUGUGUCCACAUGAGAUGGAUUUGAGUCUUUUUUUAAUAUUCUGUAAGGAUGUUAAGAUCUUUUUGCUUUGGUGAUUCUUUUAAGGGUAUUUGUGUGUUUGUGUAUAUGUGUGUGUGUGUGUGUGUGUGUGUGUGUGUGAGAGUGAGUGUGUCUGUGUGUGUGUGUGUGUGUGUGUGUGUGUGUGUGUGUGUGUUUCUUGUGUUGCAGCAUGUGUGGAACAGGCCAGCUCAAUCCAAAUGCUUCCAAUGAAAGUAGACACCUUGGAUUCAGAAUGUGUUUGUGCAUUGCUGUAGGCCUCUCUAUUAUCAACCAACUUUUCCUCAGUUAUACAGAAUGUAUUUAUUGCUGAUAUACACUUGUACAUUUCGGCAAACUGUGAGGCUAGUGUUCAGGUGAGAGUUUCUCUCCAGUGUCCAGUGCGACUCUCUGAGAGAAACUCUGACCUCCAUGUUUUAAGACCACACUACCUGAGAUGAGCAUCCGAAAACAACUUGGCCUCACUGUUGCUUACCGAGCUCUGAGCGCUUACGUUUUAUACCGUCCUGAAGAAAUGGGCUCUGAGAAACCAAACUGAAGGUCACCACCCCCCCCUUUCCCUGGUCGUUUAUACGACAGUGCUCAUGCCUCCAGACAUGACUCGAAGCACGUUGGUCAUUCAGUGUGGCUGACAGCAGUAAAUGUCACUUCCACAGCAAAGUCGUAAAUAAGAUGCUCACAAUAGAAGGAGGUGGUGAGGAAAGUGCUCAGCUGUUUGUGGUUCUCUGCUCUGUUGCUUUUUUGUGCUCUCGUUACUUGUAGCCGCUUUGACACUCAUGCCUCCUCACACACACACACACACACACACAGGUAAAAUUUGUCGUUUCUGUAUACCUUUACAUCUUUACAUAUGCAUGUUCACCUGCUCUUUACGAACCUGGGGUGGGGAGGGGACAACGGAAUGAUUGUAUAUUUCUGUCAUAAUUUAUUACUUUCCUCUCAAUAAAGGACAAGGUAUUUUUACAACUUGA